UUAAAGCGUAGUGUAAACUUGAUCCAAAACACACAUAACGCGUCAACAGUUCAAGAUAUGUCGUCCUUAGAUGUCUACAUCCAAAAUCUUCAUGACCACCAGUGCAUAUUUCAAAUACCUAAAAAUGAAGUAAAGGAGAUCGAACACUUUGUAAUUCACAUUGUUAAAAGAUUUAUACCUACAACUAUCAAAGCCCUCAAUCCAAAUUUCACGGUUUUGGAAGUGGUCAAUGCUGGUAGCUACUUUGAGCAUACUAAGGUCAAGAACCCGGAUGAAUUUGAUUUUAUGGUAGUCGUGCGAGAGCUAUCAACGCCUGUUUCAGUACAAAUACAAAAGGGAUGUAUGCCGGGAUAUGCAAAUGUCAAACUACGACAAAGAGGAAGAUGGCAUAGCUCUAGGAUGGAAUAUACACCAGAGAAGGAAUUUGAAAUAUCGAUUCUAAGCUUUAAUGCGUUUCUGAGACAGGCGGUAUCAUUAGUUCCGGUACAGGAAGGUAGAUAUGGGUCUUUAAUAUACCAGGACGUCGCAGUAAGAGGGAAACCAUAUUCAAUCUUUUCACACGUUCAGACAGCUAAUUUUAUUUGGGAACGAAAAAUGUGUAAAACUGGAGAAGAAAUGUUGUAUCAACGUUUUGAUACCACCAACACUAACAAUGAAAAUUUGAAAAUUUGUGUAGAUAUGAUGACAUGCUGCCAUUUACCUGUAGAUAUAUUCUCUGAGAUACUCCCCAUGAGCUCAUUAUCUAAUUCUUCAUUGAUAAAACAUGGUUGUCAUGUUGUUCUAAAACCUUGUAAUACGCCAUCUUGUAACGACAAAGAAACUCCCUGCAGGCUUAUUUCUUAUACGAAGUCCGAAGUCGAGAAAAUGGCAAAUUUAGAUGAGAACUGGAAAGUUAUAUAUAAAUGCACGAAAUUGCUCUUCUCAUACGUGGAAUAUUCUGGGAUAGAUUCAUACAAACUGAAGUCAACGAUUUUACAUCUAAGCGCUAGACAGGGACAUAUCGAAUCAGGGCGAGGUCUUGUCCUAGUUUUAAAGUCGCUUCAAACUUCAUCUUCUAAAGGAAUGCUUGGGUGUUAUUUCAAUUCGACUCUUAAUAUAUGGAGUAUUUCUCUAUCUUACAGAUAUUUCACAAAAUGGCAAAUAUUACUUUUGUUUAAAAUAUUCAAGGUUUUUGAAAAGCUACCAGCUGGAGAAGGUCAACAUUUGUUGCUAUCACACAUGAUUGAUCAAUGGAUAGGCUGUACUUGUAGACACUCUAUUGAAGUGAGCCAGAUUCGUAGUAACAUCUUUGAUGAGAAUAGUCUUGCUACAUUUAAUGUACAAGGGAACGUAUUCCUAGAGAUCGUUUCUGAAAUGGAACCAGUGCUUAAGGAACAGACGUCACUGAAGUGGAUUCCUUUUCAGAUGAAAUGUCAAGUUCUUAUUGAUGUUUUUAAAGUUUUGAUUUCAAAAUUAUUUCAAAAAGUUUUCACGUUUAUUCCUGGCUUUCUCAGAUUUUCCAAGAAAUAAAACAAUAUUUCUACAUUGUAUGUACAUUGCAUUAAAUGUUUAUUGUUAUGUUUUUUUUUAUUUGAUAAUUUUUUCUCCAAAAUACUCUUCGUUCACUUGCUGAAAAAAUGACCAAUGGUAGCUAUAGAUAUACCUAUAAUAUCAAGGACCAAGUAUAAAGUAUCAUCAUUUGUCUGAUAACCAGUCAGAAGCACAGGAAUUUCUUGAUUUUGCUUAAUGUGUAGCUAUUUGUGCAAGAUGUUUUUGGUUUGUUCGUUAUUAUUGUUUUUUUCCAUGGCAUUGUUUGUUGUCUGAAACUUGUGAAUGAUCAUUUGACAUCGCAUCAUCUUUCUACUUGUCAA